GCUUUAUAGUGUACGUGGAACACUAUAGUAGCUUUAUAGUGUACGUGAAACACUGUAGUAGCUUUAUAGUGUACGUGGAACACUGUAGUAGCUUUAUAGUGUACGUGGAACACUGUAGUAGCUUUAUAGUGUACGUGGAACACUGUAGUGGCUUUAUAUAGUGUCCGUGGAACACUAUAGUAGCUUUAUAGUGUACGUGGAACACUGUAGUAGCUUUAUAUAGUGUGCGUGGAACACUAUAGUAGCUUUAGAGUGUACGUGGAACACUGUAGUGGCUUUAUAUAGUGUACGUGGAACACUAUAGUAGCUUUAUAGUGUACGUGAAACACUGUAGUAGCUUUAUAGUGUACGUGGAACACUGUAGUAGCUUUAUAGUGUACGUGGAACACUGUAGUAGCUUUAUAGUGUACGUGGAACACUGUAGUAGCUUUAUAGUGUACGUGGAACACUGUAGUAGCUUUAUAUAGUGUUUCUGGAACAGAAAAGUGGCUUCAUAUAGUGUCCGUAGAACACUAUAGUGGCUUCAUAGUGUCCGUGGAGCAUUUUAGGUUGAUAUAAUGUCCGUGGAACAGCGCUUUAAGAGUCAAGACAAAGACACCAGGUUGAUGACAUUGUAUGAAGCAAGUGAAUCAAGUUAAAUUAAGUAGAGCAAGAGGGAGAAUAGUGAAGAAAGUCUUGGUUAUUUGUGUCCGCUGCUUCACUAAAUGAUGAUGCUGGUGUUGCUACCUUCCUGGGCGGCUGCCUGCUGCCUGGCUCUCGCUACCAUAGGAGCUUGUGUAGUGCUAUCAUCAACGAUACACUCGGCUUACACUCACCUGCCACACCAAAGUGAGAAUCCUGGUUCAGCACGUGUCACUAGAAGUGCUAGUAUUAAUGCUGAUACCAGCGGAGUCAUCGUGAACCUGGAGAUGGCUCUGAGCGGCAGCAGCAGCAGUCCGGUGGAGCCCAUCAGACCGCUACUGGACCUGAGUGGCAGCGAGGAGGGAGAGGUGCAAUCAGAGGACCCACAACCAAGGUUCGACCAGUCAGCGCCUCAUAAUGUGUCUGGUCUGACUGGCACAGCUGCCUACCUUCACUGUCUAGUACUUAAUCUAGGCAACAGGAGCGUGAGUACAGCAUAUUAUUAUGUAGCAGCAUCAACAUUGAAACAUGAUAAAGGUGUACACAGUGAACACGAUAAAGGUGUACACAGUGAACACGAUAAAGGUGUACACAGUGAACACGAUAAAGGUGUACACAGUGAACACGAUAAAGGUGUACACAGUGAACACGAUAAAGGUGUACACAGAGCUAAACAUCACCUGAUCAAGUUUAACACAAAGCGAGUCAUUCUCGCAGCAGCAUAUAUGUGUUGUAUGUUUUCAGCUGCACCAGAAGCUAAGAUCAUCGGGGCACCGGACAUGCAUGUUGACAUGGGUUCAACUAUCAACCUCACUUGUAUUAUUGCUCAUAGUCCAGAGCCUCCAAACUUUAUAUUCUGGUACCAUAACGGCAAGGUAGUGAAUUAUGACUCUCCACGAGGUGGGAUUACUGUGGUAACAGAGCGAGGCAACACUACCAGCGGUUACCUCCUCAUACAAGAUGCGAGAGCCUCUGACACCGGCAAUUACUCGUGUGCACCCUCCAACACUGCUGCCACUACCCUCAGAGUCCACGUACUCAAUGGAGAGACGCCGGCAGCCAUGCAGACGAAUGGGUCUCCAUGUGUCCAUGAGAGUGUUAGCAGCCUGCUGUGUCAGACACUUGUGGUGCUGCUGGCGUUCUCAAUGCUAACUCUGGCAGUUGGUGAGCCACUCUGGCCAGGAACUCUGAGGGACAAUGGUACCUGAGUGUAUGGUAGUGCAGGCACCCUGUAAAGCUAUGUAACCUUAGUAACAACGACACUUUUGUCUCCCUCCCAAGCAAAGUAUAUCUGCGUGGUAGUACUGAGUCUUACUGCCACCUGGAAAGUGCCUUAAGAGGAGUGUACAUACUGAUACUUAGUCUAUGUUCCCUCAGUGAGGGACUGGUGGAAGGUCCUGUAGUGUGGAUCACAGAAUAUACGGAGCGUCCAGACUCAAAGCUUACUAUGCUCCCUCAAUGAGCGCAGUAAGGUGUGUGAUCCAGGAACGUCCAAGAUGAAGCUUAUACUUCCUUAGUGAGUGACUGGUCUGUGAUCCUCUAAGCUGGAUCAUGGAACAUCCCGCCCAAGCUUACUGUGAGGGACAGGUGUACGGUGUGAAGGUCCAGCAGUGUGGAUCACAGCUACUAAUGUCCGAUACCAUUUUACAACUUUCCAUUAGUGUAACCCAACUUAUUCCUCACCUACUUCAAUCUUCAAUAUACUUGCAUGUUUCACUUUCUCUCUCUCUCUCUCUCUCUCUCUCUCUCUCUCUCUCUCUCUCUCUCUCUCUCUCUCUCUCUCCCCCUCUCUCUCUCUCUCUCUCUCUCUC